AAAGAAAAAACAUCGAUUGGCGGUUACGUAACGAUUCUGUUGGGCAUCUCAAUCCACUAACCUGAUCAUCUUCAUCCUUCUAGGGUUUCCAGAAUUUCCCCAAAUCAACUAACGUGUUUCUGAAUAAAUCUCAUAACGACGCAGUAUAAGAAUACGAUUCUUCCAUAGCUUCGAUUCCUCCACUGCACAGCAUCAUUCCACAGGGUAAUAGGUGACUGGAGGGGGAAAUAAAGAGAAUUCUCAACCAAAGGGGUAGUGUUGCAAUGUUCGCUUCUGAAGAAAUUAUGUCAUUCAAAUCUUACCAGAACCGGGCUAAUUUGUUUGUGAAGGAAUAUUUACUAGCCGACUCUCUGAUUCCAUAUAUUUCUGUUAUUAGUGGCAUGUUAGCUUGCAAGAUGGUCUACGAGCUUACUCAGCUUAUUGGUUCUAAUUACUUUAAGAUCUAUUCCAGCUUCUCCAAAUUCCAACGUAUUGAGUGGAACAACCGUGCUAUAUCAACUGUACAUGCCAUUUUCAUAACAACUGUGUCGUUGUACAUGGUGUUUUGCUCAAAUCUAUUUUCUGACUACCAGUCUACUGAACUUAUUACUGAGCGAAGCUCUUCAUUGUCGACUUUUGCACUGGGGGUUUCUGUUGGUUACUUCAUUGCUGAUCUAGGGACGAUAUUAUGGUUUUUUCCUUCUCUUGGUGGAUAUGAGUAUGUGAUUCAUCAUCUGUUUUCUUUAGUAGCAGUAGCAUAUUCAAUGUUGAGUGGGGAAGGACAGCUUUACACGUUCAUGGUCCUGAUCUCCGAGACAACUACUCCAGGAAUCAAUUUGAGAUGGUAUCUUGAUGUAGCUGGAAUGAAAAAGUCCAAAGCUUAUCUCAUCAAUGGGGUUGUAAUAUUCAUUUCUUGGCUGGUUGCCAGAAUACUUCUGUUCAUUUACAUGUUUUACCAUGUCUACUUGCACUUUGAUAAGGUUGAGCAGAUGCACACCUUUGGGCGGAUAUUAGUAAUUGUUGUGCCAUUGGUGCUAUCGGUUAUGAACUUGGUUUGGUUUGCAAAGAUUAUCAAAGGCUUGAGGAAGACAUUGGCAAAGAGGCAGUAAAUAAUCUGCUUAGUGAAACUUUUUUGAAGAAAAUGUAUAGGUUACCCCUACCCAUGUCGAUAUCAACCUCUCCCUGCUUCCCAGUGGACCUGAUCUUAUUGUAUACACUUUUCAUACACGAGAGGAAAUUUACUUA